AUGUCGGGCGAACAACCUACCCAGGUACCUAUUCAACCUGUACCGCUAGACAGCAAGCCAUCUACGACGCACGUCGAGGCGAUGACCGAGCAACCGGGCAAGAUCAAUAAUGGGGACACUGCUCUGGCGCUGUUCGACAACUUUGAUGACUUGCACGAGGAGAUCGAUCCGGCUGAGAGCAAGCGGCUGGUUCGCAAGAUCGAUCUUAUGAUUCUGCCAUACUUGGCUGUCUGUUAUGCGUUUUACUAUAUUGAUAAAACGACGCUGUCGUACGCUGCUAUCUUUGGGAUCAACGAGGACCUGGGACUAUCCGGGGACCACUACUCGUGGCUAUCGAGUAUAUUCUACUUUGGCUUUUUGGUUUGGGCUCUUCCUACAAACUUGCUCAUGCAACGGUUCCCAGUGGGCAAGUAUCUGGGAGCCAACAUCUUCAUCUGGGGAUUCUUCCUCAUGCUUCAGGCCGCCGCGAAGAACUUUGUUCAACUCGCCGUGCUGAGAGUUAUAUCCGGUGCCGCGGAAGCAUGCGCGGAUCCCGCCUUCAUGCUCAUCACUAGUAUGUGGUAUACCCGGCGUCAACAGCCCAUCCGAAUCGGUCUCUGGUACACCGCAAAUGGCCUGGGCAUCGCACUAGGUGGCCUCCUGGGAUACGCAAUUGGCCAGAUCAAAGGGGCCCUCCCAUCGUGGAAAUACGAGUUCCUCAUCAUUGGGGCGCUAUGCGCCGCCUGGGGCAUCGUGAUCUUGGUCUUCCUGCCGGACUCGCCCGUCACGGCGCGCAAUCUUUCCUCACGGGAGAAACGCCUCGCGGUCGAGCGGCUGCGCGAUAACCAGACCGGCGUCGAGAACAAGACCCUCAAGCCCGCACAGGUGUGGGAGGCGUUUCUCGACUGGAAGGUGUGGGUGUUUCUGCUCCUGGGUCUGUCAGGCAAUAUCCCCAACGGUGGGAUCUCGAACUUUGGGACGCUGAUUAUCAAGGGGUUUGGUUUUUCUACUCUGGUUACCACGCUUAUGCAGAUACCCUACGGCGCAUUCAUCGCCCUCAUGAUCCUCUUCAGCAUCUGGUUGAACGACCGUCUCCCCCCAAACAACCGUUGCCUCGUAACCGUUCUCUUCCUCCUGCCAAACGUAGCAGGCUCCUUCGGACUCUGCUUUCUCUCCCACUCGAACCAAAUCGGCCGACUGAUCUGCUACUACCUGACGGGGUCGUACAAUGCGUCCUUCGUGUUGAUUUUGUCGAUCCUGACGGCCAAUACUGCCGGGCACACGAAGAAGGUGGUGACGAACGCUAUGAUCUUCCUAGGCGUGUGCGCGGGCAAUAUCGCCGGCCCCUUCUUCUAUAAGGAGAGCCAGGCCCCGCAAUAUCCGCUCGGCAUCUGGUCGAUGAUCGUGUCGCAUUUCGUCGAGAUUGCGCUGGUGCUCGCCCUGCGCGUGGCGCUGGCGAUGGAGAACCGUCGCAGGGACAGUUUGCAAGGUAUUGGUCCCGACGGUGUAGGUGAAGAGGCGCGCCAGUGGGAGAUGGAUCGGACUGCGUUUAGUGAUUUGACGGAUAAAGAGAACCUGAACUUUAGACCUGGCGAUGUCACAUACGUGCAAUUAGGAAAUUUAUCCGAUGGAGGUGAACCCAGACAAGCACUCGCGGUGGAUACGCAGUGGAUCUGA